GGAGUCGCACGUCAAGCGAUAAAAUUCGAUAGUAGAACGUUCAGUUCACCGUUACCUUUUGCCGGUUACCCGUCGUUGUUGAAACAACAACUUCGUGAUCUGGUUCUGAGACGAAAAUCGCUAGUUCGCGAAGAGCCUGAAGAUGAGGCCGCAAUCGAAGCUCAAUUGAUCUCAAGAUUAUCGAAUGGUACAAAUGAGUUGAGCGUUGGCGCACAACAAUCUGGUACCGCAACUAGCGGUGGUUAUAGUUUGAAAACAGGUCUGUUCUUCUAG